AUGGUAACAUACAACUACCAAUCUACUGAAACUGCUUUAAGUGUCGGUAUUAUUAUAGCCAUCGUUAUUCCAUGUGUUGUUGGACUUGCUCUUCUAAUUGCCGGUUGUAUCGUCCUCUAUUGUUUAUGCAAGAAGCCAAAGACAACUCCAGGACAAAUUCUUCAGCCAGGUAAUUUCAAUAAUCAGCCAGGUGGUUACAAUAAUCAGCCACCUGUUUACAACAACCAACCAAAUAACUAUAGUAGCCAACCACAACAAAAAGUUUAA